UAUGAUGCAACUGGCCUGCGGUCGGCAGUUUGACAUCCCUGGUAUAGGGUCUCCUGCUUGAGCUGGGAUUUGGGUUAGAAGCCCCACAAGAUCCUUUUCAGCUCUAUUUUAUUUCAUAUACGCAUGUAUAUGCACACAGAAAUACAUAAAUUCUUAGGUGCCUAUUCCUGUGGCAUAUCUGUGCAUAUAUAUGUCAUCUUUCCAAGCCAAAAAGAGAUUUUUUAUCAUUUAAUCAAUACUUGAAUUUGAAUUUUCCUAGUCUUGUAUAUGCCAAAUGAGUCAUGAUUAAUGUUAGAGGUUAAACUAGAAUUUUGAUGUUUUCAUGGUAAUAUAUGGGCUUGUUUUUUUGCUGCUUUCACAUAUCCUGCACUGAUCUGUUAAACAAUAAUGAAACUAAUCCAUUAAUAUGAAUCUUACAGAUAAAGAGGAUGCCAAGAAGAGCGCUCUGCACAACAGAGAAUGAAAAGCAGCAUUAAAAUGCAAGACAAACCAUCAAUCAAAACCUUUCCCACUUCCUCCAGAAAUUUUGAAAACUCUUCUCCUUUCUCAUCAGGUGAGAGACAAGGGAGAGAAUAACAAGAACAAAGUCUUGAGCUGGAAAAACAGAGUACGUGCAACUCAAGGAAACAUUGCAUGAAAAGUCAAGGGGGAUAAUAUCCAAAUUUUUAAAAAGUGGGAAUAACUGGAAGUCGGUGGGAAGGAAAAGGUCCCUUGAAUAGCCAAAAUUGGCAGGCAAUAACUUUCAGGAAGUUAAGAAUGAAUUCAUUCAACGUCCAAGUAAGUGAUUAGAAACACUUUUGACGACCUCAAGAAUCCAAGAAUUGGAAAAACCUCACAGACUGCCUAAUGUGGGGAAAAUAGAGGUUGCAGAUCACAAGUGAUUACGCACAAGAAGAUCUACCUAGUGAAAAGCGAUACAGAUAUUUGGAGUGCAGCUUAAUGUUUACACAGAAUAGCUCACUCAUGAUUCAUAGAGUGACCCAUACCAGAGAAAAGCGCUACCAAUGCUCCCAAUGUGGCAAAAGAUUUAGCAUACAGACUGACAUGGUGAGACACAAGAGCACUCACACAGGAAAGAAACCAUAUGAGUGCCCAGAUUGUGGGAAAGGUUUUAGUUGGAAUUCCCUCCUUGUGGAACAUCAGAGGAUUCACACAGGAGAGAAACCAUAUGAGUGUCCUGAUUGUGGGAAAGAUUUCUCUCGGAAAUCUGACCUGGUUAAACAUCAGUGGACUCACACGGGAGAGAAACCAUAUAAGUGUCCAGACUGUGGGAAGAGUUUCACUCAGAAUUCCUACCUGAUGAUACACCAGAGGACUCACACGGGAGAGAAACCGUAUCAGUGUUCAGACUGUGGGAAAGGUUUCAGUCAGAAUUCUGACCUGGUAAAACAUCAAAGGAUUCACACAGGAGAGAAACCAUUUAAAUGUCAUGAUUGUGGGAAAUGUUUCAGUCGAAAUUCCUACCUGGCAAAACAUGAGAUGGCUCACAUGAGAGAGAAACCAUAUAAAUGUGAUUGUGGGAAAGCGUGUAGUUCUAAUUCUGACUUGGUGAAACAUCAGAGGACUCACACAGGAGAGAAACCAUAUAAAUGUGAUUGUGGGAAAAUUUUCCAACGGAAUUCUCACCUGGUGGUACACCAGAGAACUCACACUGAGUACAAACGGUAUCAGUGUUUGGAUUGUGGGAAAAGCUUCAUUCGGAAUUCCAAUUUGGUGUUUCACCAGAAGACUCACAUGGGAGAGAAACUGUAUGAGUGUGCAGAAUGUCGAGAAAGUUUCAAUUGCAAAUCUGAACUGGUGAAGCACCAGAAGACACACAAAGUAGAAAAACCAUAUGAAUGCCAAGAUUGUGGGAAAGGUUUCAGUUCAAAUUCUCACCUGGUGGAACAUCAAAGGAUUCAUACAGGAUACAAACCUUAUAAGUGUCUGGAUUGUGGGAAGAGUUUCAUUCAGAAUUCCAAGCUGGUGAGACACCAGAGAACUCACACAGGAGAGAAACCAUAUGAAUGUCUAUAUUGUGGGAAAAGUUUUAGUCAGCAUUCCAACCUGGUGAUACACGAGAGAACUCACACAGGAGAAAAACCAUAUCAGUGUCCAGAUUGUGGAAAAAGUUUCAGUCAAAAUUCCUACCUGGUGAAACACCAGAGGACUCAUAUGGGAGAGAAACCCUAUGAAUGUUCAGAUUGUGGGAAAGAUUUCACUCACAAUUCCGACUUGGUUAAACAUCAGAGGACUCACACAGGAGAGAAACCAUAUAAAUGUCCAGAUUGUGGGAAAACUUUCCGUCACAGUUACUAUCUGGUGAUACAUCAGAGGAUUCACACAGGAGAGAAACCGUAUGAGUGCCAAGAUUGUAGGAAAAGUUUCAGUUGCAAUUCUUACCUGGUGGAGCAUCAGAGGACUCACACAGGAGAGAAACCAUAUGAGUGUCCAGAAUGUGGGAAAAGUUUCAUUCAAUAUUCCAAGCUGGUGAGACACCAGAGAACUCACACAGGAGAAAACCCAUAUGAGUGUCUGAAGUGUGGGAAAAGUUUCAUUCGAAAUUGCGACUUGGUGAUGCACCAGAGGACUCAUACAGGAGAAAAACCAUAUGAGUGUGUCGAAUGUGGGAAGAGUUUCAGUCGGAAUUCCAGUCUGGUGAUACACUGGAGGACUCAUACAGGAGAGAAACCGUAUGAAUGUCCAGAUUGUGGGAAAGAAUUUAGCAUGCAUACCAAUCUGGUGAGACACAAGAAGAGUCACACUGAGGAGAAACUGUUUGAAUGUCCCAUUUGUGGGAAAAGUUUCAGUCAGAAUUCCAGCCUGGUAAAGCACCAGAGGAGUCACACAGGAGAUAAACCAUAUGAAUGUCUGUAUUGUGGGAAAAAGUUCAGUCAUAAUUAUAAGCUGGUAAGACACCAGAGGACUCACACGGGAGAGAAACCAUACGAGUGUCUGUACUGUGGGAAAAGUUUCAGUCAUACUUCCAAUCUGGUGAUACACCAGAGAACUCACACGGGAGAGAAACCAUAUGAGUGUCUGGAUUGUGGGAAAAGUUUCACUGGGAAUUCAAAACUGGAGAGACACCAGAGAACUCACACAGGAGAGAAACCAUAUGAGUGUCUGCAUUGUGGAAAAAGAUUCAGUCAGAAUUCCAACCUGGUGAUACACGAGAGAACUCAUACAGGAGAAAAACCAUUCAAGUGUCUGGAUUGUGGGAAAAGUUUCAGUCAGAAUUCCUACCUGGUGGGACACCAGAGGAUACACACAGGAGAAAACCCAUAUGAAUGUCCUGAUUGUGGGAAAAAUUUCAUUCAAAAUUCCAACCUGGUUAAACAUCAGAGGACUCACACAGGAGAGAAACCAUAUAAGUGUCCAGAUUGUGAGAAAUGUUUCAUUCGGAAUGCCAACCUGAUUAGACAUCAGAGGACUCACACAGGAGAGAAACCAUAUGAGUGUCCAGAUUGUGGGAAAAGUUUCCGUGAGAGUUACUACCUAGUGAUACACCAGAGGAUUCACACGGGAGAGAAGCCGUAUGAGUGCCCAGAGUGUGGAAAAGGUUUCACUUGUUAUUCCUACCUGUUUAGACAUCAGAGGACUCACACAGGGGAGAAACCAUAUGAGUGCCCAGAUUGUGGAAAGGAUUUCUCUCGGAAAUGUGACAUGGUGAAACAUCAGUCUACUCACAUAGAAGAGAAAUCAUAUAAAUGUCAUGAUUGUGGGAAAUGUUUCGGUCAGAAUUCCUACCUGUUGAUACACCAGAGGAUUCACACGGAAGAGAAAACAUAUAAAUGUGUAGAUUGUGGGAAAAAUUUCAGAUGGAAUGCUCAGCUGGUGAUACAUCAGAGGACUCACACAGGAGAGAAGCCGUAUGAGUGUCCGGAUUGUGGGAAAGAUCUCAGUAGUAGGACUAGCCUUAUAAAUCAUGUAAGAUUACACACAGGAGAGAAACCAUUCAAAUGCCCAGAUUGUGGGAAAUGUUUCACAUAUUAUACUACCUUUUUCAGACACAAGAAAUUACACAGGCAAAAUGUGAUGUGUGCAGAGGAAUGUUGAAUUUCAUAUCUCUUUUCUAAUUGGAAGCCCAGCUGAGAAACUGACCAUUUAAUUGCUUGCCAUAUUCUUUUUAGUCAAAUGUGUUUUAGUAUCAAACAUGAGGGAGAAGAUCUGAGCUUCCUUUUUCUGACCCAGUGUGGUCCUUCCCUUCCACAGAGUCAAGGGGAACUGCUGUGCUGGGACAGUGAAAGAAAACCUGCAUCUGUAUUGUGUUUGCCGCCUUGAGCUAUUUCUUCACAUAAAUAUAUUAUUGUUUAAGAAAAUGUAUAUGCCAACCCAGCUCAUGGUGAGUGGGUGGCUUGCAGUAAUAAAACCUUAAUACAGAAACUGAUAAAUUGCAUAUGUUGCAAAAUGGCAACAUUCAAAGCCUCCACCUUUGCCCUCAAAUACAGGGCACCUCUAGCAAGGUUGAUGGCAUUUGGAUGGUCAUGGAAUCCCAAAACAGUGAUUCUUGCUUUUGUUCAAAUUAGAAAUUAACCAGGCUGCUUGGCCCUAUUAUGGCCCUCCUUGUGCCAUUCUUGUUCAAAAGUGGUCAUCUUUCUCCUUGCAAAGAGUUAAAUUGGAGAUGUUAACCACAGGAUUAGAUCUUCCUUGCUUUACCGAAGACUAGGAGGAUAAUGGCCUGCCAUACUUCAGGGGGAAGAGUGUCUCUUAGGGCAGGGUCUGCAGCAGAAAAGCCUCACUUCCUAGCUCCUAUCAGAU